GUAGAGGUUAAAAGCCGAAAUUGUGAACAUAAAUAUUCAUAAUGAAUAAUACUGAACUGAUUGCGGUUUAUAGUAGUUUAUUAUUAGCUUGGGUACACAUUGAGAGAAUACGAAUAAUUUUAAAGAAAAAACGUAAGAGCUCUCGAAGAUGGUGGGUAAAACCUCAUCUUACCGUGGAAAUGAGAAACAAUUUUGGAGCUCAUGAGAAAUUAUUUGCAUAUUUCAAAACAAGUGAUCAUGAAGAGUUAUUCAAAUUUACAAGAAUGUCUGUUGAACAAUUUGACAUGUUGCAUAGUUUAUUGAAACCGAAACUUGAAAAGAGGAGUCAUAGGACUCCUUUGCCAACAGAACUCCGUCUCGCUCUUACAUUGAGUUAUCUUGCUCAUGGAGAUAGUGCUGCAACAACAGCAUGGCAUUUUCGUGUAGGAAAAUCAACUGUGUAUAGUAUCAUUCCUGAAGUAUGUAAGGCAAUAUGGGAUGUUUUACAACCACUGUAUUUGAGAGUCCCAAAUGAAGAAAAUGAGUGGUUGGAAAUAGCAAACGAGUUCAAUUCUCUUUGGAAUUUUCCAAAUUGCAUAGGGGCUAUUGACGGCAAACACAUACGAAUUAAUGCUCCUCCAAUGUCUGGUAGCGCUUUUCAUAAUUAUAAAGGCAGCUUCAGCUUUGCAUUAAUGGCUAUUUGUGAUGCUCAAUACCGUUUUACAUGGUUGGAUAUUGGCGAUUAUGGGACGUACCCAACCCUUUACAUCAAAAUGUUCUCAAUUCUUCUUAUGGUCCUCGUCCUCGUCCGUGUCCAUUAAUAGUUUCUCCUCCAUUUUCUUCGCAAUCUCUUCGUCCGUAGUCCUUUUUAGUUUCCCGCCUUCCUCCUCUCUCCUUUCUUUUCUCCUUUCUUUCUUCUCUCAUUCUCUUAUCCUCAUCUCUACUGUCUUGUCUUCUGUUCCAUUUUAACUUUAAACCUGCUCCCGUCCUUUCUUCUCGCCUCUAAAACCCUCCAUUUAUCCUCUUCGCAUACUUGUCCAUUAGGUUCACUGAACGAUGCCGGUAUCUGGUCUAAGACUGAAAUGAAUACCGCAUUGGAAAGUAAUACUGUGUCUUUACCACCAGAACUUUAUUUGCCACAUACUAACAUUGCUGUACCCUUUGCUCUUGUUGGCGAUGAAGGAUUUCCUUUAAAAAAGUAUUUGAUGCGACCGUAUGCAAGAAGAAAUUUAGUUGAUAAUCAACAGCGUGUAUUUAAUUAUCGAUUAUCAAGAGCCCGACGAGUAAUUGAAAAUGCCUUUGGAAUUCUUGUCGCA